ACGUUAAUCAGUGCGUUACUUUAGCUCGGGUUGAACAUCACGUUAUACGCCCACAACUCCGCAUCCACAUUACGAUCAUUACAAUUGGUCAUCAAGUGAAGCUGCUGCAGGAGAUUUGGUCAACGCUCCGUGGAACUGUUGCUCACGGAUGAUUUCAGGGCUUCAUCAUCAUCAUCAUGGAUUUGGAAAGUGUCACGUACGCGUACAUCUCCGAACCGGUUGAGUUUAGGCAACUGGAGGGCAGGGCCAUCGAUUUUCGGAAGACGUUCGAUGUGCGGGGUCGCGGCACAGAUGAAAUGCUGCAGUUAUAUCUGCGCAAGGCACACCAGCCGGAUGACGUUCAGGAGAUGCCGGCGAUGCAGCGGCGUGCCUAUGUUUAUGACAUAAUUAGAAGCAAUAAAGCGCCUGGUUACUGGGUGCCACCCUGCAUGCAGGUGAGCAGUGACGUCUUUUCCCAGCCACCACCCGCAGUUCUGCCUCCACCAUCGACGAGAUCCACUCCUGGAAGCGAACGCCGCCAACUAGCAGACGGAUAUAGCGUCAAUAUGAGCCACUCCUCAUCGUCCCACAGUUUGAAUAGCUUUGGUAGUGCACCGGGUGCUGUACCGGGUCCCAGUUUCGGCACCAGUGUGGUGGCUAGCAACAAGGGCUCCAAGUACGAGAUAAGUGGACCCAUCAACUUCCAGCAUGUCUCUGGAGAUGUCACAAGGGAUCGCACGCGAAACGCCUUCGAUUUAAGUGCUGGCGCCAAUGACAAUGUGUUGAAGAAAUACAUGAAGGAGCACGGUAUAACCGAGGAGGACAUUGCCGGCAUGAAGCGCCAGGAGCUGAUCACGAAGAUUGUGCAAUCCAACUUAACUUGGCUGCCCAAUAAGCAGCAGGAGGUGGAGAAACCCAAGACAAGUCCUAUAACUCUUCAGUAUGCCACCAUAUCAACUAACAACCAGAUAACACCACCGCCUUCACCACCAACAACAGUAAGGCAUCAUCCUCCUCCUCCUCCGACCACUUCAUUAUCCAAUUAUGCAUCGGUUACUUCACGAUUUGUGGAUAUUUCUGACAUGGAAAUGCCAAUGGUGCAGCCAGUUAGCAGACAGCAGGAAAUUGGCACUGUGGUGCCAGUUCAAUUGCAGCAGGCACAGCCAAACAGACCGAAAGUUCCGCCGCCUCCCUCUGCCGUCACUGCGUCCAAUACACGACCCAUAGAAGUGCGUCCUUUAAAGCCAAAGACUCCGAAUGAAACAUAUGCUACAAUUGCGCCACAGACACAGCGGAAGACGGCCACAAUGAGAGUGCCACCACCAGCACCGCCCAAGCCAUCAAUAAUUCCCAGCACAAAUGGAACCACAGUGCAAUAUGCGCCGGUUAAACAGCCACCGCCUCCUCCUCCUGUAAAGAUAACAUCAUUGCAGCAGCGAAAUGAACCUGUUCACUUACAAUAUGAAGCUGUUCAGUCGCAAUAUGAGCCUGUUCAGUCGCGAAAUGAACCAGUGCAGCCACGAAAUGAACCAGUGCAGCAGCGAACUGAACAUGUACCGAACCGAUUCGCUUCCGUGCAGUCCCGAAAUGAACCUGUUCAGAUCCAAAAUGAGCAUGUUCCCAACCGAUUCGCUCCUGUGCCAAUUUCCCAAAAGCCAAAGGCUCCAGCUGUUAGCGCCAAUGCUGCCAUACCGCCGCCACCGCCACCUCCGCCAGUUAUGGCAGCUCAAGCUGGAGCACCACCACCGCCGCCUCCACCGCCAACGGCAGGUAAUGGUGCACCAAUGCCACCACCUCCGCCCCCAGGUGGAGCCACUCUACCGUUGGCAAUUAAAAAGUCUGAGAAACCAAAGCCAGCGGUCGCCGCGGGAGAUGAUCGCGACGCUUUCUUGCAAAGCAUACGCAAGGGCGUACAAUUAAAGAAAGUCGACCAGAAAGCCGCGACCAUAAGUGGCAUAAAACCGCGUGCUGAGAAGAAGCCAGCUACAACGGAUUUCUUAAGCGAGCUGAAAUUGGGCAUUACCUUAAGGCGCGUAAAAAACCCGGCGGAUAAUCCUUUUUCCGCAGCGAACACGGAUGAGUCGCAGGCGUAAAUGUUGCGCGCGUAACUUUUGAAAUUUCCGCUUAAGUGGGCAACGCUUCACUCUGUGAACUGAGCGACCACUUUUUUUUUAGUAUUAAAUCGAUAUUUUUAUUAACAUAACUUAUGGCCACCCUGCAAUGGAAUUUGAAAAUUGUAAUAUUUGAAUUAUUUACUUUAUGUUGUACAACGCAUUUAUAACUUUUGUUCUUUUAUUGCUCACUGAUAAAAACAUUAAUUUUAAUAUGACAGAGAUUAAAAAUAGCAAUGUAUCACGGAUAUCGCUACUCAUCCUAACAUUUUUCAUGACAUUACCAAUUACCAGUGAAAUUUGUAAAUAAAUGUAUUUGUAGAGGUCUGAUAACUUA